AUGGAGCGGCUGGUUGUGUGUGUGCUGCUGUGUGUACUUCUGUGUGCGGUGCUGGUGAAGGGCUACAACUGCCCCGGCCGCUGCAUCUGCCAGCACCUCUCCCCCACUCUAACUCUGCUCUGUGCUAAGACUGGUCUGCUGUUUGUGCCCCCAACCAUCGACCGCAAGACCGUGGAGCUGCGCCUCACAGACAACUUCAUCACCAUCAUCCGCAGGAAAGACUUUUUCAACAUGACCAGCCUGGUCCACCUCACCCUGUCCCGUAACACCAUCAGCCAGAUCACGCCCCAUGCCUUCCUGGGCCUGCGCUCCCUACGAGCCCUCCACAUGGACGGCAACCGCCUCAGUGUCAUCAAGAGCGACCACUUCAAAGGCUUGGUCAACCUCCGCCACCUCAUACUGGGGAACAACCAGAUCCACCACGUGGCCCCUACCUCCUUUGAUGAGUUUGUGUCGACCAUCGAGGACCUGGAUCUGUCCAACAACAACCUGAGGACCCUGCCCUGGGAGGAGAUAGGCAGGAUGAGCCACAUCAACACCCUCACCCUUGAUCACAACCUGAUCGAUCACAUCGGAGCUGGGACUUUCACGCUCCUCACCAAGCUGGUUCGUCUGGAUAUGACCUCCAACCGGCUGCAGAAGCUACCUCCAGACAGCCUGUUUCAGCACGCCCAGGUGCUGUCAGACGCCAAGGGCUCCAACCCGUCCUCCCUGGCAGUGAGCUUCGGAGGGAACCCUCUCCAUUGUAACUGUGAACUGCUGUGGCUCCGCAGACUGACACGGCACGACGACCUGGAGACAUGCGCCUCCCCGGACCACCUCAUGGACAAGUACUUCUGGUCCAUCCAGGAGGAGGAGUUCAUCUGUGAGCCCCCGCUCAUCACCAAGAACCUAUCCACCAAGCCCUACGUCAUGGAGGGCCAGGGGGUCACCCUCAAGUGCAAGGCCAUGGGAGACCCAGACCCGGCCAUCCACUGGCGCUUCCCAGACGGCAAACUGGUGCACAACAACUCCCGCACCAUCCUGUAUGACAACGGUACCUUGGACAUCCUCAUCACCACCCUGAAGGACAGCGGUGCCUUCAACUGUGUGGCCUCCAAUGCUGCAGGCAUCGCCACAGCUGCCGUGGAGAUCAACAUGAUCCCUCUGCCCCUGUUCGUAAACAACACAUUGCACCACAUGCGCGAGGCUGAUCGGGGCCUCUCUGACAUCACCACCUCCUCCAAGUCAGGCAACGACACCAAGGGCCAUGACAAGCACCAGGACAGGAGGGUGGUGGUGGUCGAGUUGACCUCCUCCUCGGCUGUGAUUCGCUGGCCCUCCGAGCGCCACAUCCCAGGCAUCAGGAUGUACCAGAUUCAGUACAACAGCACUGCAGACGACACACUGGUUUACAGAAUGAUCCCUUCCACCAGUAAGACCUUCCUGAUCAACGACCUGGCGGCGGGCCGGGAGUAUGACCUGUGUGUCCUGGCGGUGUACGACGACGGCAUCACCUCUCUGACGGCCACGCGCGUGGUGGGCUGUGUCCAGUUCCACACGGCCAGCGAGGUCAGCCAGUGCCGCUUCAUCCACAGCCAGUUUCUGGGCGGCACCAUGAUAAUCAUCAUUGGCGGCAUCAUCGUGGCUUCAGUGCUGGUGUUUAUCAUCAUCCUCAUGAUCCGCUACAAAGCCCACAGCAGCCCAGAGGACAGCAAGGUCAAGGUCAGCUCCAGCAUGCACUCCCAGACCAACGGCAGCCAGCACAGACUCCAGCGCUCCACCUCCAAACAGCCUUCUGAGGACAGCCACCAGAGAGAAGCCCAAACGGUGGCAGCCAAGGAGUGCAUGGCCCUGGUGCUGAAGGUCGAUAGUGACAAGAGGGAGUGGGACACUCCUCUGGCCACCACAGCCAUCCUGGAAGUGGAGCUGCCCCCCCUGCUCACGGACAAGGUGAGGAGGACCAGCCUGGACGCCCAGCGCUCUGGAUCUGGCCCCCCGUCAGAGGACACACAGACAGAAAGCAGCCUGACGGGCUCCACAAUGUCCUUGUGUCUCUUAGGUCCCAACGCCGGCACUAAGGAGGCCCCCAGGCUCAAGGACAAGAAGAGCGCCCUGGCCAACAUGGGGUUUAAUAAUGAGCUGGCACGAACUAGGCACAGGUUCAGCUUUGACGGGGGAGACUACUCCAUAUUUCAGAGCCACAGUUACCCCCGCAGAGCGCGGACGAGGCGGCACAAGUCUACAAACCAGCUCAACGUGGAGUCCUCGCCGCUCGCUAACCGGAGAGUCACUUUCAGCAGCACUGAAUGGAUGCUGGAGAGCACAGUGUAA